AUGAAUGAUGAUGCAUUUGGCAUCCGGCACAAUCAACCGGCAGCGAUACACAUGACGCCCAUCUCGCAGAGGAGCUCGGUUCAGCGGAAGCCCGUCGGCUCCGGCUCACGGACAUCGUCUUUCUCGGUCUCGGGGACAUCUGCGACCUUCUCGCCAGGCUAUUACGAGCCGUCCACGGCGAACACCACCCCGGGCUACCAUUCGUCUUCAGCCCUCCUCCUCAACAAGGCAUAUGCGCCGCAAUGGGCCACCACUUCUUCUACAACUCGCUCGAUGGCCGCAUUGCCGAUAACCCACAUCCGCAUGUUGCGCUACGGUACGGCCCUGUCAUUCGUUGCUAAGGCUUCACUGGCCGCGUCCGUCGUCCUUGCGUUCAAGCAGCGCGUGUGGUUGACGGUGCGUCGAAAAGCCAUGACACUGAGCGCCGUCGACUCGCUCUUCGCCGCCGCCGACGAUCUUUCGGCCAUCUUCAACGCCGAGAUCUUUCGCCAGGCCAGGGUCGCCAUUAUCCUGGCCAUCUACGUCUGGUGCACGCCGCUCGUCGUCAUUCUGACCUCAGAGACGCUGGCUGUGCGUAAUGAGCUUGCCGUCGAGAAUGUCACCUGCCCCGCCGUGCGCACGCUCAACUUUGCCGCCGAGGAGACGAACGAGUGGCGCGACGCGAAGCGCAUCGACAAGUUGAUUUCGCUGUCCGUCAGUCUGUGGAAUACGACACGUGGCGCCCUCGACGAAGAUGGUAACGAAACUGAAGGCUGGUACGACUAUUUCACCAGUCCGAGCUGGCAGUUUGAACAGGUGGCCACGCUGGCUGCCUUUUCAAAGACACCAGUCGCGAGGGCCGGUGCCGCGGAGGAGAUAUGCGGCACGGGUUGGAAUUGUACGUUCACGGUUCAAUUCACGGGGCCGGGAUACAAGUGCACCGAGCUGGCCUCAGGAGUCGGUUCGAAGCCGAAGGAACUGGGCAACGCGACGGCGCCUUUCGGGACGGAGAUACUGGCUCCAGAGGGCAACCAGACAUAUGUUGCCCAAGCCUUCCUGGGGCACUAUUCGGAGACGCAAAUGGAAGAUGUCUGGCCCGGUGGCAUACCGACUACACCGGCGCCGUUUCCCAAGCACCUUGGCGCUCUUCGCACGGAGCCCAUCCUAUGGAUCGGGUACUCUGAGGUCGACGAUCCCGCUGAGCUGCAACCCGACAACCGGAGUGACCCGAAAUGGGACCAGGUCUACACGCCCAAGAUCUUCGGUUGCGAGCAUUACGAGACGGAUUACGAAGUUCUCUUCAACUAUACGGGCCUCUUGCAGCACACAAACGUCACACGCCGCGACUUUCUCCGUCCCGUCGUCGACACGACGUUUCUCCCCGACGAGCCGGCCAACGACGGCACCAUGGACAACACGACGGCCGUGCCCGAGUCCAACUAUAUCCUGCCGUCCGACACACGCCGCUACCGCCGCGCCAUGGCCUAUCACUCGAUCGGCAUGCAACUGCGCACCUUCGUCAACGGCUCCAUCACCGAGCCCGGCAAGAUAGCCAAUACGCGCGCCCUCCAGACACGCCUCCUCGAUCCGACAAACUGGCUCGGCGUCCGCGACAUGCAGGGCGCCGUGCAGGGCUUCUACGAGGACAUCCUGCUCUCCAUGCUGUCGAACCCGCAGUUCCUCGCCGUGGCGGGGGCUGCCACGCCCGAAGUCGUCAGCGGCGUGAGUGCCGGCGACGAGAAUACCAUGUUCCCCUGCACCCGAUCGCGCAACGAUAACCGGUAUCGAUACGUGGCGUGGGAGCUGUGGGCCGUUUACGCGGCCGCCAUCGCGCUGGCUAUCAUUGGCGUCGGGUUUGGCACGGUGGCCAUAUGGGAAGAAGGCCUCUGGCGGAACACGCGAUUCAGCAGCAUUGUGGCCGCGACGCGGGGACCUUGGCUUGAAAAGGUGCCGUGGACGGGAGACGGGCCGGUCGAGGGCGAGGCAAAACGCGUUAAAGUUGGGUACGGGCUUGUGUCGCCGAGUCGGGGCGAAGACGGACUUGCGGAGGAUGAGGGGCGCUUCGAAGGACGUCCCAUGAGUCGUACGUGGGAUGCGGGUGAUGUUGUGUCGCCGAGAGGCCCUAACAGAGUUUCCACGGUUGGGGGCAGAGGAGACGGCAGUGCGCGCGAUAGGUUUGCCUUUGGACUCGAAGGAGACGUCAGGCAGGACAGGGCCGCCGAGCGGGAGGCCGAGGAGGGCGGUAAUGGGAGCCUCGGCCGGAGCCCAAAGUUGCCGUUUAGACGGACAUGGCAGCGGGUGGAUCAAGCAUGA